AUGGCUGAAGAUUCUUUAUCAACUCAAGACCCACUCAUCUGUCCUGUCUGUCUGGAUUUAUUUAAUGAUCCAGUGACUAUUCCCUGUGGACACAGUUACUGUAUGAGCUGUAUUGAGGGCUGCUGGGAUCAGAAUGAUCAGAGAGGAAUCUAUAGUUGUCCCCAGUGUAGACAGACCUUCACCCAAAGACCUGUUCUCAAUAAGAAUACCACACUGGCUGAUCUGGCUGAGAAAAAAAGGAAAAUAGGACUCCAGGCUGCUCCUCCUGCUGUCUGUUAUGUUGGACCUGGAGAUGUGGAGUGUGACAUCUGCACUGGGAGAAAACUCAAAGCUGUCAAAUCCUGUCUGUUGUGUCUGGUGUCAUUUUGUGAAACUCACCUCCAGCCUCACUACGAAUCUCCUGCCUACAAGAAACACAAGCUGGUCGAAGCCUCCACACAACUACAGGACAGGAUCUGCUCUCAGCAUGACAAAGUAAUGGAGAUUUACUGUCGCACUGACCAAAAGAUGAUCUGCUAUUUGUGUACAAUGGAUGAACACAAAGGCCAUGAUACAGUCUCAGCAGCAGCUGAAAGGACUGAGAAACAGAGGCAGUUGGGGGAGACUCAGAGAAAAUCCAGACAAAGAAUCCAGGAGAGAGAGAAGGAGCUACAGGAGCUGAAACAGGCUGUGAAUUCUCUGAGGAUCUCUGCACAGACAGCAGUGGAGGACAGUGAGAGGAUCUUUACUGAGACGAUCCAGUUGAUUGAGAGAAAACGCUCUGAGGUGAUAGAACAGAUCAGAGUUAAGGAGAAGGCCGAACUGAGUCAGACUGAAGAUCACAUAAAGAAACUGGAGCGGGACAUUGCUGAUCUGAGGAAGAGAGACACUGAGCUGGAGCAGCUUUCACACACAGAGGAUCACCUCCAGUUCCUCCAGAGUUUCCAGUUUCUCUCUGUUCAUUCAGGAGUUAAAGAGUUAAGCAGCAUGACUGUCAAUCCGGUCUUCUCUUUUGAGGAUGUGAGGCAAUCUGUCUCUGAAAUGAAGAAGAGACUAGAGAAAUUCCUCAUCCAGUUCUUCUCCUCUCAUGCUUUGUAUUCAAUACUUUCCUCCAUAGUUAAUAAAGACCAGCUUUUCUUACCUGUUCAGCCCAAAACCAGAGAGGAAUUCUUAAAGUAUUCCUGUCAGCUCACACUGGAUCCCAAGACAGCACAUAAACAACUCCGUCUGUCUGAUGGGAACAGAAAGGCGACAAGGACUAAUACAGCUAAGCCAUAUCCUGAUCAUCCAGAGAGAUUUCAAAAGCGGGGGCAGGUUCUCUGUAGAGAGAGUUUGUGUGGGCGCUGUUACUGGGAGGUUGAGUGGAGUGGGUGGGUCUCUAUAGCAGUCUCAUAUAAAGACAUCAGCAGGAAAGGGGAAGGUAAAGAGUGUGGGUUUGGACUCAAUAAUCAGUCCUGGAGAUUAACCUGUUCUCACACUCAUUACUCCUUCAUGCACGACAACAAUGAGACAAAAAUGCCAAUACUAGACAGCCAUUCUAGAAUAGGAGUGUAUCUGGAUCACAGGGCAGGAAUUCUGUCUUUCUACAGCGUCUCUGACACAAUGACCCUCCUCCACAGAUUCCAGACCACAUUCACUCAGCCCCUCUAUGCUGGAUUCUGGGUUUAUGGAUCUUGUCAGAUUAAGAACCUGUCAUGA